AAGAAGAAUGAGAACGACGCCUGGAUUUCAACGCAUCUUUAUUUUGGGAAUAAAAAAUACAUUUAUACACCCCACCUAGAAUCGAGAUGGAACUGAUCAACAACUGCCAAACCACUAUUGGGGGAACAUAAGGUAAUAUCGGAGAUGUGGAGACAGCGGCUCCGCUGGAGGCAGAGUGAAGCAAUGGGAGACAUUUCCAAAACAAAAGAAGAGGACAGAGAAACGGAUCACAGCGUCCAGGAUGCUGAUAUUAAGCAGGUGGUGGUUGUUAAAGAAGAAGUUCCUGUAGACGUCAUACGGUAUGCUGACCAGAAUGACCUUCACCACAUAAAGGAAGAACAGGAAGAAGUCUGCACCAGUCCAGGGGGGGAGCAACCUCAUAAGGAGGAAGAGAUUGAUAACAGCAGCUGUCCAGUGAAUGCUACUCUUUCUACGAGGGUGGGUGAUGAACAGCUCCCUUUGCUCUCAAAGCUUUUUUCGAGCCAAAUCAAAAGUGGAGAGCUUCCUCAGAAGAACAGUGGAGGGGAAUAUUGCAUCAGGAUGGAAGAUCAUGGAGAUGGUGCCAUUUACUUAAAGACUGAAGACACAGAGAAGAGUAAUGAUAAAAAUGAUGUGAUGCACUCAAUAUCUGAGCUGAAAUGGAUGUCAGGCUCUGGACUUAAAUCUCAGGUCAUUGAAAAUGACUCGGAGAGUAGAGCACCCGAGUCAGGUGAAAAUAUUAUUAAUAAAACAUUCAGCUCCUCUGAAUUUGCUGAGCAAUUUGUUCACCAUCAAUUUCUUCAAAAAGACGCAGUCAGCUCAGAAAUAGGGUCUUCGGGUUUGCUGGAUACAUUUUUUAAUGAGAAGAAAAAUGUGGACUCAGACGUCCCGGAAUUGGUGAAGUUUAUUUGUGAGAGUUGUGGUAAAACAUUUUUUAAAAAGAGCAAUUUGAAAAAACACAUGAUGAUACAUACGGGACAGAAACCUUACUGUUGUAAUCUAUGUGGACAAAGAUGUAUUCAGUCAAUAGAUUUAAAGAGACACAUGAGAAUUCACACCGGACAGAAACCUUUUGGUUGUGAUCUGUGUGGGCGAAGUUUUGCCCUAAAAGGAGCUUUGAACACACACAUGAAAAUACACACGGGCCAGAAACCUUUCUGUUGUGAUUUAUGUGGACUAAGAUUUUGUGUUAAAGGACAAUUAACCAGACACAUAAGAAUUCACACAGGACUGAAACCUUACAGUUGUGAUCUAUGUGGACGAGGAUUUACUCAAAAAACACACUUAACUGACCACAUGAGAAUCCACACGGGUCAGAAACCUUUCUGUUGUGAUCUGUGUGGUCAGAGGUUUACUGCAAAAACAGGCUUAAACACACACAUGAGAAUCCACACUGGACAGAAGCCUUUUUGUUGUGAUCUGUGUGGAGAAAGAUUUAGCCAGAAAGCACUUUUAAACAAGCACUUAGAAUUCCACACAGGACAGAAAUCUUUUAGCUGUGAUCAAUGUGGAAAGGGAUUUAGCCAAAAAACGUACUUACAGAAACACAUGGUAGUCCACACAGGACAGAAACCUUUCCAUUGUGAUCAAUGUGGAAAAGGAUUUACCCAAAAAGUACACUUAAGCAGACAUUUUAGAAUCCACACAGGACAGAAACCUUUCAGCUGUGAUCAGUGUGGUAAAGGUUUUAGCCAAAAACCACACUUAAUCAAACACAUGGUAGUCCACACAGGACAGAGACUCUUCUUUUGUGAUCAAUGUGGAAAAGGUUUUACUCAAAAAGUACACUUAAACACACAUCUCAGAAUUCACACAGGACAGAAAUCUUUCUGUUGUGAUCUAUGUGGACAAAGAUUUGGGGUAAAAGGAAAUUUAAAACGGCACAUGAAAAUCCACACUUGAGAGAAAAUUGCUAAGCUUUGAUUGCUCAUGCUGUGCCGCUAUAUUGGGCUGUAAAAACAUUUUUGUGUUGUCACUAAACAAUCUUCUCUUUUCAAUAUUGAUAUUUAUCUAAUUAUUUUUAUUCUUGAAACACUUCAAGUUAUAGAUUUGUUUACUUAUACUGUUGGUAAUUUCUUAUCUUACUUUUCCAGGUCUAUUGUUGUGGAUUUUUUCAAUUAUGAAGGAGUGAGACAUUAGCCCCAUUUAUACUAUCCUUUUGAAUCCGUGCCGAGAUCGGACUGAGCACGGUAACCCAGAUAAUGUUAAGUGUAAAUGGCACGCACAACUGAACCAGACUGGGCCAGACUCAACCGAACCACGCUAAACUAGUUCUAGUUCUUGCUCGGUUCUUAGAUAACAAAGAGCGUAUGAGCAGACUGCGUCAUCUCCUCAGAGUCAGCCUCAGUAAUCAUGAAAUUUCAGACAUUGAUAAAAAAAUAAUAUCUUCCAUACCGUGGCAGGAUUUCCAGUGAUGAUUCUGCUUAGCAGUCUGAUGAACCUCAAUGUCUGUUAUUGUUUCCUGCUUCUGUAAGCCCUGGUUAGACUAUCGUUUGUCGUAUCUACUUCCCAAAAGCCGAAUCUGUUAAGUAAAUUCACAAAAGGCGACCUUCUUCGCCAGACUCUCCGCAAAGAGACUCUCCCAAACUUUCAGAAUGUUACAGGGGCCACAAUGUUGCUUUGCUUGUUUACUUCAAGAGAGCAGUAGUACCGUAGGUCGUCACUAGGAGGCGAGGAACCGUGCUAGCGUGAUGUGUAAAUGGUUGUAAGGAACCAAAUACUGUUAACUGAUCCAAGCUCGGUCUGAACUCGGCACAGAUUGGUUUUCAGAAGGUAAUGUAAAUGUGGCUCUUUUUUCACAAAAA